AUGGCCCUGGCCGCCGCCCUGGCCGAGCUGCACGCACAGGCCCGCUGCCCGCUGUGCCAGGGGCCCCUGCGCGCGCCCCUGACCCUGGACUGCGGCCACAACUGCUGCAGCUCGUGCCUGCGGCGGCGCUGGCAGCACCUGCGGGAGCCCCUGCCCUGCCCCGUGUGCCAGCACCCCUGCCCCCGCGAGCCCCUCGGGCCCAACACGCAGCUGGCGCUGCUGGCCGACCUGGUCAGCCUGCUGCCCGGCCGGAGGCCCAAGGGACAUGCGCCAGAAGCUCGAGGCCGUUGUGCCACGCACCGCCAGCCCUUGAUCCUCUUCUGUGAGGACCACCUGGAGCUGCUGUGUGGCAAGUGCGGCGCCUCUGCUGCCCACCGCGGCCACCGCCUCACGCCCAUCAGCGCCUCGGCUGCUCAUCACAGGACCAAGCUCAAGGGCUACCUGGAGCCUCUGGGCCAGCAGCUGGCAGAGGCAGACGGGCAGUUAGAAAGGCAAGAUGCAGAGUUAGGUGAAAUCAAAGACCAGCUGAAGACGCAUAAGGAGAAUGUGUGCCGUGAAGCCCACCAGUUGAAGCAUUUCCUGAAAAGAAAGGAGUGUGCCAUUGAGAAUAAGAUGUUUCGGGAACUGUCCCAUGUUUAUCGAGACUUGUUGAAGAACAAAGCCCAACUGUCCCAGUAUGCCCAGACCCUGAAGAAUCGGCUGAUGGACGCCAAGCUGUUCUCUCUGAAGGCCGACUCGGACCUCCUGGCAGAGGGCAGCGAUGUGCACCUGGACUGGCGUGAGUGUUUGAGCACGGAGCUCCCCUCGGUGCCUGCCAUCAAGUAUGAAAGGGAGAGUCUCUAUCUCCCCCCACAUUACAUCGGCUUGGACAACAUGGUAGCCAAGUUCCAGGUGAAUUUGACAUUGGAUCCUGAGACUGCUCACGGGGAUCUCCACAUCUCCCAGCAGAGAAUUGCCAGCUGCUGCCAGAAGGGCACGAAGCCCACCAAGACCCCUCCUCCCCAGGCAUUCACCUCUCACGUAGCUGUCCUCGGGAUGCCGGGUUUUUUGGGCGGAAGGCACUUCUGGCUGGUGGAAAUCCGAGGUCCAGUGUCCUCCAUGGCCGAGCCCGCCUGCCGACAGGACCGACGGUGCCAGCAAAUUGGCGUUUUUCUGGACUACGACUUGGGAGAAAUUUCCUUUUACAACUGGAGCAAGAGAACCCACUUAUGUACAAUCGCAGAAGACAGGCUGCGCUGGAGGAAAGAGGAGUUUGGAGCACAGCUGCCUUGGACUCAGCAGAACCCAGAUAUGAGCUGA